GGGGACAUGGAGAGAGGAGGAGGGCUAAUUCAUUCUUUUCCGAUGGCUGAACUCUUCGGCGUCCUUUCAGAUGUCAAAACAGCAUGGUCAGUGCUGCUGUUGCCAAUCAGCAAGAUGUGUUUGUGAUAAUGUUUGCAAAGGAACUUACUGAUGCCAUAUCAUGUACCUGAUCUUCUUAAUUCUUGCUUUCGGUAGCCUUUCUCGUUCAGCGAGUUCCAGUUCUCAUCUGACUCGUUGCAAGACAUCCACAGGACGAUCAGGGUUGUGUGUUGCCAACCGAUUCUGUCGCUAUCGGUCCGUGAAACUCAUCCCCUGUGCUUCGAAUGGUCCAGCUCUGGUCUGCUGUCCAUUUCCGUCAAAUGGCACCUUUGACUGGAGCACUGAAGACAAGGAAGCAGGACCCAUCGUUUUUCCUGGGGAAACGGCAGUUCCACCUAAAACUUACAACACCAGGACCGAAGAUGAUGUCGACUCCAUUGGUGUGGACAUUGUAUUCCCUGCUGACGGAUCCGUCCGAAAAGAAUACACUUUCAAACCGAUUGGAAUAAGCACAAAAGGGCCGCCAACUUCUGGACCUUCCCCAGUGACUCCAACCAUGCCCAGGACGGUCUUCCAGAGGCCAUGCAAGCCCGCAGAAAACAAACCAAAGAGAUUCAACCCAGCUCUAGAGAGAAAUCCAGAGGAAAAAGAAUUCGAAAUCAUACCAAUACCAAAGAUUACGACGACCAAAGUUCCUAUUUUCAAAAGCAGUGAGACUCCGAUGAAUUUUAAUACCCCUGAAAUACGAACUUCUGUUACAAUUCAUAGUACAACAACAAAGAUAAAAGUGGAACAGCCUGAACUUACAACCGUGCAUUCCAUAGGCAGAACAACUGAUAGUCUAUUCGAAAUUGCUGUUGCCACUGAGUCUGCUGAAAUAAGUACUUGUGGCAACACCGCUACUUCACCUAACAUUGCUGGCGGAACCGAAUCGAAGCCUCAUCAGUGGCCCUGGAUGGCGGCUGUCUUUCAGAGGUUCACGACGGCUCGUCCCAACAAAUUUCUGUGCGGGGGCUCUCUUAUCAACACCCGAUACGUACUGACAGCAGCUCACUGUUGUGUCAGUGGACCAUCCACUGUUGCUCUACCGGCAUCAUCUUUCCUGGUGCGCAUGGGGUCCACUGCAAAAGAUGGCGGUGACGUCUUUUCCAUAUCGAAGGUGAAAGUCCACUCCAACUUCUCGUUCACCGGUCAGUUCAACGACAUAGCUCUCAUGAGACUGACCACGGAUUUGCCUUCCUACACCAACCGCAUAGCUCCUGUGUGUCUUCCCUAUCCCACUUUGCUGGAAGACGAUCUGGUGGAUCGCAUGGCCACUGUUGUCGGCUGGGGAUCCAUGUAUUUGGGUUCGUAUACAAGUGGGGAGCACCAAGACCAACUCCACGAAGUGUCGAUUCCUAUUGUUUCGACCGACGAUUGUGCCCUGGCUUAUUCUCGGAUCAAAAGCGCCGCCUUUCUUGCAAGAGGCUCCACUCAUGUCCUCUGCGCUGGUUUGAAAGAAGGCGGGAAAGAUUCCUGCAAAAGUGAUUCCGGUGGCCCACUGAUGAUUCAGCUAAGCAACGAUACUUGGACAGUAAUCGGAAUCGUCUCAUUCGGCUACAGGUGUGCGGAACCCGGUUUUCCAGGAGUGUACACAAGGGUCACCCACUACCUGGAAUGGAUCUAUACCAACACUCAGGACUGAUGAGUCAACACUCAACAUCGUAACUAUGAGCUAGUUUGAUUUUUUUUGAUAAACAUAAAAUCUUGAACUUUGAAUGCAACUCGAAUGUGAAUCCACGAACAAGCGCAGUUAUGCAAUCGAGUAUCAAUCUGUAUUCUGUACAUUGCAAAUUCAUUGUUAAUUAAAUGUUUUCCUAUAAAAUGAUGAUUCAAAAUGCUGAGGAAACUUCAAAACUCACUACACAGACAAAUAAAGAUAAAAUCUCAUAAGAA